UUUAAAUUGCCUCACUGUGGCGUACUCUGUUGAAAACAUAUUUUUUUUAUCAAAAUAAAAUUAUUCUUGCCGUUUAUCUUUGAAAGCUCUUUCUACCACCACUCCCCACUCUCCAUUCCCCACUCUUCCCUUAUUCCAUACUUGUAAAACAUAUAUCGUAAUGGCUCAUUCUUACAGCCCUUUCUCAGAAGGAAAGCUUUCUGAUCUGGCAGCAACCGCCCAAGAGACCAAAGUGGUUAUCUCGGAGAAGAACGAACAAUCCCUUAAAGACCUUGCCUUUGGCUCUCUUGCUGGAGUAGCAGGCAAGUUUGUGGAAUUUCCCUUUGACACUGUCAAGGUUCGCCUACAAACUCAGCCCUUAGAUCAUCCAAUUUUCAAGGGUCCAUUCGAUUGCUUCAGGCAAACAGUCAGGAACGAAGGUUUCCUCGGUCUUUAUAAUGGCCUUUCGUCUCCACUCGUUGGUGCCAUGCUUGAGAACGCUGUACUCUUUGUUGGUUACAGGCGUGCACAGGACAUGCUGCGAGAUUUGGUCGCUGUUCCUGAUACUCAUGGCUCUACCCCAGCUCCCCUCAGUAUCCCAAUGCUGUGUCUCUCAGGAGGUAUCUCUGGUGUGUUUGCCUCGAUGGUGUUAACUCCCGUCGAGCUUGUCAAGUGUAAAUUGCAGGUGCAACAGAUUGGUCACCUCUACACUAAGGACUCCAAGACUGGUCCCGUCCCCAAAGCCCUUCACAGUGGACCUCUCAGUGUCAUCAAACAAAUCUAUACCCAGCACGGCCUUCGUGGAUUUUAUUUGGGCCAUUUCCCAACAUUUUUGCGUGAGACGGGUGGUGGUGCCGCUUGGUUCGGAUCAUAUGAAGCAGUCUGUCGCUUCCUUAUCACGCGUGAACAAUUGGCUGCACCCGAGGGCAAGAUCAUAACCCAGGCAGAUCUGCAGGCGCCCCAUUUGAUGUUCGCUGGCGCGCUAGCAGGCAUGGCAUACAACUUUAUUCUAUUCCCAGCAGACUGUAUCAAGAGUCAUAUGCAGACCCAGGAUGUUCUUCGGAGUCAUCAACGAUCCGGUUCGGGAGUUGGUGGUAGUGGCGGUAGUACAGCAGCUAAUAAGGGUUUCAUCGCCACUGGCAAAGAGAUUUUCCGCUCAGAAGGAAUUCGGGGGUUGUACCGUGGCUGCGGUAUCACUGUGGCUCGAUCGGCGCCUUCUAGUGCCAUCAUUUUCAUGACCUAUGAACUGCUUUCACGUCGUUUUGCAUAAGAUCAUCAUAUAGAUUUCAUAUCCAGCAUUUUUUCAAC